UCAUGUGUGUCUGGUUGUUUGUGAUACCGCUGUCUUAAAAUAUAGUUUAUCUUGUAUUUUAAAAGUGGAUCUGUCAUAAACUGUUGGGUUGCUGCAAUUUUUGACACAUUAUGCGAUUGUACUUCAAAUAUUAUGGAUUUGGAGCAAGAUUUGUCGCCAAAACCAUUGGUUUAUGCGAAGAUGGAAAAUUUAAUCACAGAAAUGCAGAAUGUUGAGAAUGGAGUUCCAGUUGGAAGUCAGAAGACAUUUCUCUCCAUUGUUCCCAGUGCUUUCACAGGUUAUGAUUUUAUAGAGUGGUUAAUGGAGAGAUUAGAGACGCAAGAUUGUACUGAAUCACUACAUCUUGCUAACCUUCUAUGCCAAUAUGGUUAUGUGUUUCCGGUCCAAGAUCUAAAGACACUGAUAGUCCGUGAUGAUGGCACACUGUAUCGAUUCCAAAGUCCAUACUUCUGGCCAUCACAAAACAGGAACCCAGACAGUACUGAUUAUGCUGUCUAUCUUGCCAAGCGAAAUAUGCGCAAUAAACAGAAACACAGCCUGGAAGAAUAUGAAAGUACUGCCCUAUCAAAGUUGAAACAGAUGCUUAGUCAUAAAUGGGAGUUUGUUUUACUUCAAGCGCAGGAACAAAUUAGAAUUGCAAAGCAGAGGAAGAAAACUGACCGAAUAAUAUUAGACAGUCAAGAGAGGGCAUUCUGGAGGGUUCAUCGUCCCCCUCCUGGACAGAUAAAUUGCCUAGAGAAUGGGAUAAGAGGUGCUUACACAUUGAAGAUAGGGUGCCCACUGCAAAAGAAGAAUACUGUAGAGAGAUAUAGAAAACAGAUUGCAUUUCUAAAUAUGUUACUCUCAAGGUCAAAGAUCAAACUCUCCAAAGCAAUACCAAGUUCAAUUAAGUGGUGUACACAGUACAUGGAUCACGAUCCCCUCAUAUCCGGAGCUCAGCCUAGUAAUCCAUGGAUUACUGAUGACGAAACAAUGUGGAGAUUAAACAAUGUCUUAGUUGAUAUCCCUACGGAGCGCCGUGUGCUGCGUUGGUCAAUCAGUCUAUGCGACCUCCUUCAGGACACCACAGGUCGACACCAUUUUGAACUUUUCUUGAAGAAGGAAUUUAGUCAAGAGAAUAUUAGGUUUUGGAAUGCUUACGAAGAACUUAAGUAUGCUCAACAAUCCAUGGUUGCUGAAAAAGUCAAGGAAAUUUAUGAAGAAUUUCUGGCGCCUGGUGCACCGUGUGAAAUCAACGUGGACCGGCAGACGGUACAGAUGACAAACCAGUCUUUAAAGAAACCAAACAGAUUCGCAUUUGAAGCAGCACAGAAACAUAUAUUCAUACUUAUGAAAAAAGACAGCUACCCACGCUUUCUCAGAUCUGAAGCCUACAAAAACUUACUUGCUAUGUCGUCUAUGUGCAGUGGCAAGAAAAAAUUAUUUGGUCGAUUCCGACCUAAAAUUACUCCUGUGGGAACCAAGCGGCGUGGAAGUAGUGGUAGUACUGAAAGCGAGAGUGAACAAAACGGUGAAAUGCUUAUACAUUCUUUCAGCACGGGAAACCUAGCUGACGGGAACCAUCAAGCCAUGUAUGGUCAGCAUAGGAAAGAAGACCGUGGAAACCUGCCCGAUAUUAGUAGGAAACCAAGUUGGUUUCAUCGUAUGAGCGCCAGUCCUACACCCAAAAAUUCCAAAUCGAUCAGCAGAAAAUCAAGGGUUCAGUCAUUGCAGCCGAUCAAAUUAAACAAAGAAAGCCACAAACCAAAAUAUCCUCUAAACGUGCCUGAUGGAAGUGUUGCGAAUGACGAUCACUUAAAACCCUCGGAGAAGGAAACCAUGCCAAAGCAAAAUUUGAUUGCCCCCUGGGAAGAUGAAGACUAGUAACUCUGUUAUAUCUAUUAUUUGCUAUACCUCAUAAAUAUUCGUAAGGUAAUAAAAAACAUUACAUUGGUCAAUUCCAGCCGGGUAAAAUGUGCGGUAGUAUCAACUACUUCCCAGUAGUAUCAACUACCACACUCCAUGUAUAAGUAAACUGUACAUAAACUGCAUAAUUUUGUCCCUACAAAUCAAAAUGACUAAUGUAGACAGACAGGUUGCUGUUUAAUAUUUAUAAGGUGUAGUAAAACAAAUUCAAUAUGGAUUUAUUUCUGUAAAGCGGUGAAUUCUACUUCCCUCGUUGUUGCAUGAUUAGACUACCUCAGUGGCGUAUAUAGAAGUCUUGAAAUGGAGGUGGUGAUGUGGGGCGCGAUGGUGAAGUGGGUGGGGGGAUCAAUUAUCAGUUGAGGGGUACUAAUUCGGAAAAUAAGGUGAUUUUUUAACACUUUGCCGUGAUUUUUUUUUGGUGGGUGGGGGGAAACUUGGGGAGUGCAAGUAAUUUUUUGAGAGGUGUGUGCCCCUCUGCACAUCCCCCUAGAUACGCCGCUGGACUACCUCCUAACAGGAAGAGUAGAAUUCGCUCCUUCACCUCAAACCAUGUUGGAUUUGUAUAUCUAUUAUAUUUUUUUUUCCAAAGUACUGUGUAUAUUAAUUAUUUUAACAUUUACAAGUGGGCUGUUUUUAUAUACAUGGGUCAUAGAACUCCAUGUGAUUGUGGGUCAUUAAUGGGAAAUGUGCAUUGAUUCGGUUGUAAUUAAAUGUUGUUAGGCCUAGAGCUA